AAGAGAACUGACUGCCAAGAUGGAGCGAAGGGAACAUUUAACCUUGACUUUCCACAGUCCUGAGGUUCCCAAAAUAAAGGGGAACCGGAAAUACCAAAGGCCUACCCUCCCUGCCAAGAAACAUCCAAGUGCCUCGAUGUCAUCCCAAAGGCAGCAGCAGCUUAUGGAUCAGGCACACAUCUACAUCCGAACGCUCUGUGGCAGCCUCUGUAGUUUUAGCCUCCUAAUGCUGAUCGCCAUGUCCCCACUGAACUGGGUACAGUUUCUGGUGAUCAAGAAUGGCCUUGAGCUCUACGCAGGACUCUGGACCUUAUGCAACCAUGAGCUGUGCUGGAGCCACACACCCAAGCCACCCUAUUAUCUCCAAUAUUCCAGGGCCUUCUUUCUCAUCUCUGUCUUUACCAUACUUAUUGGCCUUGGCUGGCUCUUCAGCUCUUGGAUCCCUAAUCGAGGAAGCAUGACCACCAACUUGGAUCUGAAGGUAUCCAUGCUCAGCUUCAUCUCAGCUACCUGCUUGCUCCUCUGCCUCAACCUGUUUGUGGCACAGGUUCACUGGCAUACUAGGGAUGCCAUGGAGUCGGAUCUCCUAUGGACCUAUUAUCUUAACUGGUGCAGUGACAUCUUUUACAUGUUUGCUGGGAUCAUCUCUCUUCUCAACUACUUAACUUCCAGAUCGCCUGCCUGUGAUGAAAACGUCACUGUGAUUCCAACAGAGAGAUCAAGGCUGGGGGUUGGUCCAGUGACUACAGUAUCACUUGCUAAAGAUGAAGGGCCAAGGUCUGAGAUGGAAUCUCUAAGUGUGAGAGAGAAAAAUUUACCAAAGUCAGGACUGUGAUGGUGAUAGGAAAACCUAACUAUAGCUUGUCUUAAAAGCAGCGGAGAAGCUGAGUUGGGAAUGGUCACAUAAAUUCUUGGAAACUCUCCUAAUAUCAUGCCCAUAUUACUUGAGGAGACAGCAUUAAAGCUGAUGAAAUGU